GUUACACUUUGUAUUAGUUUACGUAUAGUUUCGCCAAUCAAUGUGUUGAAUGAGUGCUACAAUUGCUUACUAUAUGUAGGUAAUGAUUGCUUUGAGAGUCCAAUCAUAGGAUUGAGUAUUGACUCAAAAAUUCAAUUUAUUUUUCAAUUGUUUCAAACAUUUGCCGACAUUUGACACCAUUUAGUGAUUAUUAUUGUUGUUUGUGUUGACACACAUUGAAUGUGACAAACAGUGAUUACAUUUGAUGUCCGCAACGGUCGACCAGAAGCCCAAACACUGACCACACGAUGAGCGCCAAAGAGAAGUCCGCGCCUCAGACUGUGGGCCACUUUGGUGUGGACACAAUCAAACUGAUUGGUGACCAGUUGGGCAUCUCUAACAUUACUGACGACGCCUCACGAUUAUUAGCCGAAGAUGUUUCUUAUCGGGUCAAAUGUAUUCUUCAGGAUUCACUCAAGUUUGCGAUGCACUCCAAAAGGCAUUGUGUCAACACAUCCGACAUCGACUUCGCCCUCAAGAAUAAAAAUAUUGAACCGCUAUUAGGUUUCACUAACUCAGAACACCCGCCCUUUCGGUUUGCAUCCGGUGGCGGUCGGGAACUGUUUUUUAAUGAAGAAAAAGAAAUAGAUUUGGCUGAAGUGCUAACGAGUCCAAUGCAACCAAAACUGCCUCAAGACGUUGCACUCAAAGUCCACUGGUUAAGCAUCGAUGGCAUACAACCGUCGAUACCUGAAAACCCACCGCCACUGUCACGUGAUCAACAAAGAACUGAAAGUGUUGAUCCAGCGUUGGCUUUGAAGAAAUCGUCACAAAUAAAACCAAAUCAACAACAAAAACUUCAACAGAAAAAGAAAAAACAGAUGGAAAUGGUUAGAGUGAAGCAGUUUGCAACUCAUGAGUUAUCUGUUGAACAGCAGCUUUACUAUAAAGAAAUAACAGAAGCGUGUGUCGGGUCUGAUGAGGGCCGUCGGUCUGAAGCAUUACAAUCGCUUACAUACGAUCCCGGUUUGCAUCAAAUGCUUCCCCGUUUGUGUACUUUCAUCAGUGAAGGCGUCAAAGUAAAUGUGGUUCAAAAUAAUUUAGCACUUCUUAUAUAUUUGAUGAGAAUGGUUAAGGCAUUGCUUGAUAACCAUAAUCUCUAUCUCGAGAAGUAUUUACAUGAACUCAUACCAACAGUGCUAACGUGUAUUGUUUCCAAACAACUUUGUAUGAGACCAGAUGUGGACAAUCAUUGGGCACUUCGUGACUUUGCAUCCCGUCUUUUAUCUCAAAUCUGCAAAAAUUUUAACACAUCCACUAAUAAUGUUCAGACACGAGUCACACAAUUGUUAAGCCAAUCUCUAGACAGAGAGCGCCUUCCAAUGGCCACCUCUUACGGAGCCGUUUCUGGUCUUUGCGAAUUAGGUCCUGAAGUUCAGCGAACUUUUCUGUUAAAAAGAUUGAAAUCAAUCGGAGAGAAAAUUCGUGUUUAUUUUGAAACACCGAAUACUCCGAGUGCAGACAAAUCGGCCGCAGAACAUAUCAAACAACUACUGUUAAGAGUUUUGCCGAACUGUCUUAAGACAUCACGUUCCGGACCCGAUGUUCUCGAAGAAUAUCGGACAGAGUUUGGAUAUUUAGGUCCAGCACUUCAUUCCGCUGUAGUGAGAUCGCGAACGGCGGGCACACCAUUGACACAACAAAUAGGAUCGCAAUUAGGAAAUACUAUAUCCUAUCAGUUGCCUUUAAACUCUCCACGUCCUACAAGCAUACCAUCGGUGACAACUAAUAGUGUUGUUGGUAAUAGACUUCAACUUCAGGGACAGUUAACAUCUGCAGUAAGAAGACCUCCCGCUAUCGGAACUUCUGGUAAUCAUCAAAAAAUAGUGGUUCUUCAACAGCCUACUACACCAGGGGCUAACACUCCAACACAUACCGGUUCACCUGGUUUUGUACGCUUUGGGACGCCUACAGGCCCGGGAAGUCCAGCUGUCCAGAGAUAUGUUAUGAUCGGUAAUAAUUCAAUGAUUCAAUCACCCAAUCAAUCAUCGCAACCAUAAAUUAACAUUACAUUAU